AUGCAAAGAAUAGCCAAGUGUGUGGCGGUGCUCCUGCUAGUGGCCCUGUUGGCCACAGACCAGACACUCGGAUUGCAGAAGAAGAAGAAGAAACGUGGCAUUUAUCACGGUCUGCACGGCCUGCACGGCCUGCACGGUCUGCACGGCCUACACGGUUACGCUCUGCCGGCGGCGGCCGGUGGACUUCUGCCCCAUGCUGACCACUUACACUAUCUUAAGGGCUACCACCCCAGUCCAUAUGCCAAGUUCUCCCCGGGACUCCAUAAAUCGUUCGGUGGUGGGGUGCUACCCCCCGGCUAUGCCCUCUUUCCCGGUAGCGCCAGUGUGGCAUCGUACCAGCGAAACUUCCCGCGCUAUCCGACCGUGUACAACGCGAACCCGUUUCUCGGCUUCGGAGUGGCCCCGGUGAAGCCGCCGACUGGUUUUGCAUCGGUCGCCACCGGGCUAACACCAUUCGCCCCGGCUCCAGUUCUACCGGCUCCCGUUCCGGCGCCUGUUCCCGCAGCAUACCCGCAGGCCUUCUACCCGGUGGCCACCAGCGGAGCUAGCGCAGGCAGCACACAGCAGACCUUCUUCGCAACGUACCCUCAGAAGCCACUCAUUCCGGUGGCGGUUCCAGUGGCGCACGAGCCCGCCAAGAUACCGCAAGUCGUCGUGCCGAAACCUGUCUAUGCCUCCUUCGCGACCAACGGGUUGAUCCCGGUGCCCGGUAGCUACUAUCCGAGCGUGGCCAUUCCCAACGGACAGCCACAGUUCGUCGGGGUGCCGGUUGUCACCGGCAGUGCGAGUGGGGCGACUCCCAGCUAUGCCACCACCCUCGGUACCGCAACGACAACAGUCACGCAGGCACCGCAGCAACCGUGGCGUCCUGUGGUAGUGAACCACCCGGCCCCAACGCCGGCACCACCCGCCAACGCAUAUCUACCGCCGUACGGGCCAAGUUCGCAGGGACAAAUCUACAUCAGCAGCACACCCGCUCCGUCCCUGCAUGAUCACCAUCCACAGCAGUCACAUCACCAAUCGCUGCUGGACUACGAUCAGGAAACACUGCACCAUCCGGACGGAAGUGGAGCCUUCAAUGGUCAGCCGUACGAUGUUGCCUCCAACCACGGUCGGUACACGGGACCCUCGAGCUACGAUGUCGACGUAACCCACAAUGGGUAUCAGAAGAAGAAAAAGUAA